GCUACCCAGAGGCUGGAUUUUGACUGUUCUUCCUGCUUGUUUUCUUACUUAUGCACAGUGGAUUAGUCAGUAUGCACUGUGGUUUGGGACUUCUGCUCCAACCACUCUGUGGCCGUGACUGAUUGCUCUGCUCCAUGGCCACUUCCGACCAAACGGAUCAGGCAUGGAUCCCCAAAUAUUUCAAGAAAAAAGUCUGCACAACUUUCAUUGAGCAACCUAGUGAUACAGGUGCUUCCAAUUUCUGUCAGUGUGGCAGUCCUCGUAAAAAACAUACAUCAGUAGCCAUAGAAGAUGCCUUUGGAGCAGCCAUUGUCAGCAAAUGGGACUCAGCGCAACACACGACAGAGAGGCCAACUGAUGCGUAUGGAGAGGUGGAAUUUGUAGGCACUGGUCGUAGACCGAGCAAGUUCAUUCGCCUCUCCGACUCAACUGAUCCUGCAAAUGCCUAUGCUUUAGUAACCCAUCACUGGAAAAUCCCACAUCCCAACUUGGUGGUAUCAGUGGUGGGAGGCGAAGGUGAGGGACCCGUAAGGACUUGGCUCAAAGAUGUGCUGAGAAAGGGGCUGGUUAAAGCAGCUCAGAGCACAGGUGCCUGGAUUAUGACAAGCGGUCUUCAAGCUGGUGUGGGCCGGUAUGUGGGGGAAGCGGUGAGAGACCACGCUAUGGCCAGUACGAACCGCAGCACUCAUGUUGUAGCAAUGGGCAUUGCUCCAUGGGGUAUCGUUGAAGAGCACCAUUGUCUUGUCAACCCCAAGGGUUCCUUCCCAGCACGUUACCCCAGGACAAAUCCUGCGAGUCCUUUCUGCCCUCUAGACGCCAACCAUUCUGCCUUCUUCUUGGUGGACAAUGGGACACUGGGCCGAGCAGGGGGAGAGGCCAUCUUCCGAGCCCAUUUGGAACGCUAUAUUGCCCAACAGAAAGUGGGAGCUGGAGGUGAAGGGAGCAUUGAGAUUCCUGUGUUGCUGCUGCUCAUCAGUGGGGACUCAGCCAUAUUCAAGCGUGUAUCGGAGGCGGUGCAUGCCUCCAUUCCCUGUCUUCUCCUAGCUGGAUCUGGGGGAGCAGCAGACUGCUUGGCUGAAUUGUUGGAAGAGACACAACCUGGGGAGUCCCUGAAAACUCUGGCAAUGAAGAAAAUGCAGGGAAAAUUCCCAGACAAUGACUUGGAGGAGUUGGCUGAGCAGGCGGAAAGCAUUGGGAAUCUGAGGGAAUUGGUGACUGUCUAUUCAGACCAAGAAGGUUUGGAAGAAUUCGAGACUGUCCUGCUUAAAGCUCUAGUGAAAGUAUGUAAGCGAUCAAGCAAGGCCACCUGUUAUCUGGAUGAGCUACGUCUGGCUGUAGCCUGGAAUCGGGUGGACAUUGCCAGCACAGAAUUGUUCCGUGGGGACAUUCUCUGGGAGCCCAGCCUGCUGGAGAAUCCAAUGUGUGAUGCCUUGCUAGGUAAUCGAACUGACUUAGUGCGCCUCUUUGUGGAGAAUGGUUUGGAUAUAGGACAGUUCCUGACAUGGAGAAAAUUAGAAAAGCUGUAUGCUGGGUCCCCCAAGGUCUCACUGCUCUACCAGCUUUUGGAGCGAUGCCAAGGGACAGGCUCUGAGCCACCCACCCCUCCUGAAGACUUGCUGCUGGAACGAUCUUUGCCUGAUUGCCAUUUAUCUCAUGUGGCUCUUAUUCUGCAUGAACUACUAGGGAAUGUAUGUGCUCCUUUUUAUGCAGGAUUAUACCCUACUGGCCACAGAGGGAUAGGGAAAAAAGGAUUAUUACCUAAUGGAGAUUCCACAUACCAAAAUAAGCUGUCACCAAACCCAUGGACUGAUCUAUUUAUCUGGGCAGUGUUGCUGAAUCGAAAAGAGAUGGCAAUUUAUUUCUGGGAAAUGGCUCCUGAUGCCGUGGCUGGGGCACUGGCAGCAGCACAAAUACUGCGGGAACUUUCACAUCUAGAGACAGAAACAGAGGAAGUGGCAGCCAUGAAGGAUUUAGCAAUGCACUUUGAAAAUUUGGCCAUAGGAGUAUUCAGUGAGUGUUACCGUAAUAGUGAACCACGGGCCUACAAACUACUGGUGCGCUGUUCCCACCUCUGGGGUGGAGCCACUAUCCUCCAUCUGGCUCACCAGGCUGAUGCCCGCCUCUUUUUUGCACAGGAUGGUGUGCAGUCCCUGCUCACCCAAAACUGGUGGGGAGAAAUGGACCGAAGUACCUCUGUCUGGAAGCUUCUUCUCACAUUUUUUUGCCCUCCUCUCAUCUUUACUGAGCUCAUUACAUUCAGGAGUAUGGAUGAUGAUCUGCGGCUGGAUUCCUUGGAACAGUUUGAACUGGACAGUCUUGAUACAGAUGUGAAAAGUACCAUCGGAGACAUAUUGUCUGAAAGUUUGGAACCUCCCUCCCCUCUUUCUGUUCGACAACUCUGGUUACGACGGUGGCAUCAAUUUUGGGUGGCACCUGUGACAGCAUUCCUGGGCAAUGUGGUGAUGUACUUGCUCUUCCUCUUCCUCUUCUCCUACGUCUUGCUGCUGGAUUUUGACCCUCCACCUCCCAAAGGUCCAUCUAGCACUGAGAUAGUCCUGUACAUCUGGGUCUUCACACUGGUCUGUGAAGAGGUCCGUCAAGGAUGUUUUGUGGGUUCCCGUCCUUUGUUGCAGAGAAUACGUCGGUACUUCCUGGACACAUGGAAUCAGUUUGAUAUCACAGCCCUGCUACUCUUCAUGAUAGGACUAGUGUGCAGGCUGUUUCCUUCGUCAUAUGAAUCAGGACGCACCAUUCUGUGCCUGGAUUUCAUGAUCUUCACCCUUCGUCUCAUCCACAUCUUUGCAGUCAACAAACAGUUGGGACCCAAGAUGAUUAUCAUUGGCAGGAUGAUGAAGGAUGUAUUUCUCUUUCUCUUCUUCCUUGGGGUAUGGUUGGUAGCCUAUGGGGUCACGACUGAGGGUCUCCUUCUCCCCCAUGAUCGAAGAAUCCCUUGGAUAUUUCGACGUGUUUUCUACCGACCUUAUUUGCAAAUUUUUGGACAGAUCCCACUCACUGAAAUUGAUGCUGCCCAGAUCACAGCCUCGAAUUGCACUUAUGACCCUUUAGCCAUCUUGAUGGAGGACGCGAACCCUUGUACCAAUACCUAUGCUAACUGGCUGGUGCUCAUUCUCCUGGUGAUCUUCCUGUUGGUAGCCAAUAUUCUGCUCCUCAAUUUGCUGAUUGCAAUGUUCAGUUACACGUUCUCCAAAGUGCAAGGCAACAGUGAUAUCUACUGGAAAUCCCAGCGUUACAACCUUAUCUUGGAGUAUCAUAGCCGGCCUGCAUUAGCUCCACCCUUCAUCUUGAUCAGCCACCUACAUCUCCUCUUCAAGCGUCAUAUCCGCAAGGUGCAAUCGGCAAAGAGACAUGACUUCUUGCUAGAACUCUCCGAGAUCCAAAACAGGCGACUACUGACGUGGGAAUCGGUACAGAAAGAAAAUUACUUAGUAACCCAGGCACGACAGAAACGUGACAGUGACACUGAGAGACUCCGGAGAACCUCCCAAAAAGUCGAUCAGGUUUUAAAGCAGCUUUCUGAUAUCAAAGAAUCAGAGCGACGUCUGAAGACCCUUGAGAUGCAGAUGGAGUAUUGUACCAGUGCCUUGUCUUGGAUAGUAGAUAUCUUGGCCCAGAGUGACAUAGCAAAAGGAAAACAAGUUCCUCCUAUUAAGAAAAAAGACUGAACUUUUCCAUGGCACAUGAAAAAAGACAGUGAAGAAGAAGUGUCAGCUGCUGCUGUUGACAAAAUCCCCAAAGUGUCUCCACACCUAGUGCCUCAGAGAAUUAAAAUGAGGCUUCAGCAGGAAAUAAUUAAGAGAAUGCAGGAUCAUGUUUCAUUUCAGUUACAAGUACCCUAACGUCUGACUUUAGUUCCCUUCACUGGAAAUAUCAAUUAUCUACCUCACAGGAUUUCAAUGAGAAUGAAAGUAAUGUGGACAAUUAAAACAAUAGAUAACCAUCCUGUCCUAUACUUAUAUUGAUACCUGAAUCAUCUGCUAAUUUUGUCUGCAGUCGGUAAAAUGGAAGUCCCAGAGUGUUGUAAACCAUUCAGAGAGUGCUGUUAUAUGGAAUGGCAUAUAAGUACUAUUGCUAUAUAUAUUUGUGUAACCACUGAGAUGGGCAAUCUUUUGAUGGCCACAAUUAUAUUGAGCUCCUCAAAGUUCUACAAGAAGUAAUAUGAUGUAAACCAAAUGAUACUAGUUUUUUCUGGGGUGUUUAGGAAAAUGUUUUUUUUAUUGACCAUACUGUGGUUUUCCCAUGAUUCCUGAUAUAACUUAGUGAGAAAUUGUGGUUCCAGUAUGGUCGUCAGAGCUUUUGAGGGAAAUCUGGAUAUACCUGGCAUAAUAUUAAUGGGACUGGUAAGACAUACCAUGUCUUAAAGGAAUAAUUAGGAAUUAAUGAAAGCCCAUACCUCAUAUGCAGAAGGCCCAGUUCAUGGCAUUCCUGUCAAAAGAAUCUUGAUGUAGCAGGAGACAGAAAAGUUUUCUUGCCUGAAAGCCCUAAAGCUAUUAUCGUUGAAAAUAGAUAAUGCAAUGGUAUGACUUAUUACAAAACAGCUUCUGUAUUCUUAAGAUAAUUAGCUCCAUAAGUCUUCCCAUGGGCAAUCCAGGCUGACAUUAAUUUCUCAAGUGCAUGUUUGCUUGACAUCUCAUUCCUAGUUAUCUUCCAACCAGCCAAGGGGCCAUGAACUUGCUACUGUACAAGAACAGUGAGUGAGUGAAGUCAUGUGUCAUACCAUUUUCUAAUAUAAUAAUAUGUAGAAACUAGAACUUUUCUAACUGAUGAUACCUCUACCAUUUCUACAGGCUGGGAUUCACAGAUAACAGAAUGGUUGACACUUGCAAGAUACACUCUUAAUCAAGUAAAUUACUUUUGUGUCUUGCUUCAGAAGAAAACCUGGUUGGUUUAUAAUUUAAAAGUAUAUAUUACUGGAAGAUUAGGAUUCUACGGUUAAAAAAAAAGAUCACCCAAUAUUUUUGAUUAACCUAUUCAGUUCUGGGAGAUACAAAUAAUAUUGUAUCCAUUUCAACCUGCACAAAAAUCCUUUAUAUGCAAACAGACAAAAAGGUAGCAGUGCUCAGUAUCUAAUCUGAAUUCCCCUCUUAGUACUUUUAACAUAGGUGAUGUCUGGUCAGUAAAACAAAUUCUACUUUUUUAUUUGUUAAAAAAACGUAUAACAGUAUACAUUAGAUGUCUUUCAGACAGAAAACUAAAAAUAGCCAUGGCUAGGCAAAGUUAAGUGAGCAAGGGGUUAUUGCACUAUUCUCAAGUUAAAAUUGUUUCAAAUGUGUUUAAUUUCAUUGAGAAAUCAAUAUACAUGAUAUCAGGACAUAUAUUUCCUCCUGGCUAUGUUAGGAGCAGCUUUAUGAAGACAAUAAUUUUGAACUCUGCUACUUCCUGCCCAUUUCCAAAGCUGUUUUAAAGUUUGUUUGUUAAAUCCAGCAAUCAGUCCUAUCAAAGAGGAUCACAGCUCUCCAUCAUAUUUGAUAUGCCCUGACCUGAAGUCAAAAAAUCUGCUGCUCUCUUAAUGGAAUAUUGAUUCUUAGCUUUGUUUUUAAUCAUGGGUGUCUUCCCAGGACUCUGGAGAUUACCAAGGGGAGAAAGCAGUAGUUAUGGUCAGUUACAGAUAAUAAUAUCAUUGCAGAAUAUUAUAUUUUUAGAAAAUAAAAUUUGUUCAAGAGAAUAAUUAUAGCAUUGAGUUUUCAAUGUUAAUCUUCAGUCUUUUUAGGAUUUUUAAACUGUGAACUGGUUUGUGAACCAAAUGGUUACUGAAAGUGUAUUUACAAAUCAAGCCAUUUAUAUCAAAUCAAUUUUAUGGCUAAAUUAAUGUUAUUUCUUCUAACAUUGCUAGAAGUAUGUAAUAAAAGUGUUAAAAUGUAUAUGUCUGGAAUUGUAAUAAACAGAAGGAAAUUAGUGCUAUUAAUCAUGUGAUAAUUUAUAAUAUAAUUAAAUGUAUUUCAUUAAAAGUUAAGAUUUUUUUUAAU